AAAACCCCGUUAUAAGCCAUGUGUAAGGUGUUAGCAAAAAAACAAUAUGUUGCAUCAUAAUGCACAGUGAACGUGUAAAUUAGGCUGUUAUUGCUAGCUCAAAGUGAAUAGAAUAUAAUAACUUUUCCCGGAAUAGUAUUCGGCUGUGAGACAAUAAAUAGCCUAACGUUGCACAAUAAAUGAAACACAGCAAAACACACAUGGCAGAUAUAAAGACAAGACUAAAGCCUACAACAUCUAAACACAAAGACAAUUGCACCCUCAAUUUUCAAGAAUGAUCGUUCUGAGCUAUUAUUGUUAUUAUUAGUAUUAGGAUUACUAUUUCUAUUAUCCUACUACACAUCCCAGUUCACCCUGUCACCCCACAUUCUACAGAUUUUGGAUCCGAUAUUUAUCAAGUUCAAUUCCUGGGCGGGUCCCUUAACACAGCUGGAUGAAAAACAUCUGGAUCUGCCUACACGGAACUCCAGCCAAAAGCCCCAAGCCCAACCAGUUGUUUCACUGAAUACAGCUUCAAUAAACUCACUACUCACAUUCUCAAAUACAUAGAAAGAUACAGUUUCCACGACGUUUUGACCGGGUUUACAUUUGUAUGUUAAGAUUAUGGGGUGCUGGAGAUUCUCGGCAGUGAAUAUUGUUCUUCUGUCUUUCUGCCUUCCCAUCCUCUCCUUCACACACAUCAAGACCAGCCUGUGUAAGUGGUGUGACUACUCCAGCCCUAUCUGUGAGGACAGUGUGUGUUACACCAACUGUUCCCUCUCCUCCUUCUGUAAUCUGAGUGAAGAGAUCUGCGUUGCUAUAUGGCGGAAGGACAACCAGAGUACGAGUGUGAAGACGUUAUGCCACCAGCCUCAGCAGCCCCUGGAGAACAUCAUGUUGUCUAACUACUCCUCCAACGAGUGUGUGAUGACUCCUCAUCCCUCUGAGGACGGGGUCCUGUUCGUCUGUGGCUGCCUGGGAGAACACGAGUGCAACGAUAAGCUCAUAUUCGACAAGGGCUCCAAUGGUUUUUCCAAGCUCAAGAGUAAAGAUGUGAUCCCAGUGGUAGUGAUCAGCCUGGUCCCUCCCUUCUUAGUGGCUAUCAUUGCUUCCAUGGCUUUCUACCUGUACCGUACCAAACAGCCCAGCAAGCAGCCCAAAGACUGGGCUCCCAAACGCACACACUACAAGGCCUUAGACAUCCCGGAGGGACUUAGUGGGGACGUCAUCACCAGUGGUGAGGACUGCCAUGGCAAACGGUCAGCCAUCAAUGGCGACACCACCUCUGACAUGUGUCCUGUCCGGGCCUAUAACUUCAACCACAACAUGGAGCAGCUGCCUAUCCAGCUGGAAGCCUUGGUGGGGAAGGGUCGCUUCGCUGAGGUGUGGCGGGCCAAGCUCCACCACCAGGCCGCGGGUUCUCUGUACGAGACAGUGGCAGUGAAGAUCUUCCCAUCUGUGGAGUACGUGUCCUGGAGUAAGGAGAGGGCCAUCUUCUCUGACGCCAACCUGGAGCACGACAAUGUGGUUAAAUUCCUGACAGCAGAGGAGCGAGGGCCCUCCGGCUCCCCUCAGAGGCAGUACUGGCUGGUCAUGGCCUAUCACAGCCUUGGGAACCUGCAGGACUUCCUGGGGGGCCACGUGUUGAGCUGGGCUGAGCUUUGUGCUAUGGCUGGAUCGGUGGCUCAAGGAUUGGCCCACCUUCAUAGUGAUACCACCCCCUGUGGGAUCCCCAAGGUGCCUGUGGCCCACCGCGAUCUGAAGAGCAGCAACAUCGUGGUGAAGAGCAGAAGAGAGUGUGCCCUCUGUGACUUUGGUCUGGCUCUGAGGCUGGACCUCUCCCUCACCGUGGAUGAUUUUGCCAACAGUGGCCAGGUGGGGACAGCUCGCUACAUGGCCCCUGAGGUGUUGGAGUCUAGGGUGAAUCUGGAGGAUCUGGAGGCCUUUAAACAGAUGGAUGUCUACUCCAUGGCCCUGGUCCUCUGGGAAAUGGUUUCCCGCUGCGAAGUCAUAGGGGAGGUGAAGAGUUAUGAGCCGCCCUUUGGCUCUAAGGUGUGUGACCAGCCGUGUGUGGACAGCAUGAGGGACCUGGUCCUGAGGGACAGGGGCAGACCUGAGAUACCCACCAGCUGGACAACACAUCAGGGUAUGGAUCUUCUGUGCGCCACCAUCAAUGAGUGUUGGGACCACGACCCAGAGGCCAGGCUCACAGCCCACUGUGUGGUGGAGCGCUUUGGAAGUCUAGAAGAGGAGAUGGAGCAGAAGGGGUUAGACACUAUCAACAGCCAGAACAACCAUCAGGGUCCUCCCUCUGGCAUCUUCCCUGACUGUGACGUGGACCCUUUGACCCCUGAAACAGACACAGAGGGACCCUCAUCCCUGGGCCACUGACCAAGAUAAUAUAAGGAUCACCAGAAAGAGACAUUUCUGUAUGAUAGAUUGAUGGCAUUCUACCCUAACAACAAAAGAAAAGGGACACAUUUUUGUAUGAUAUAUUGUUUUAUUUGAAGGAGCUGGUCUCCUGUUUGAUUUGUAUAAUAUAGCCUUUAUGAAGUGUCUUACGAAUGCACUUAUGAACUUGUGACACUGAAGAGUUCUUUCUGCUCCAUGGAAAGUUUUGUGCACAGGAUUCAGGGAAGAAAGCAAACUGGCAUACCACUAAUUAUCAUCCCAAUUUAACGUGUACAUUUGACCAAUAACUAAAAAAGCAGAUCAGUUUCCAUAUCUGAAGUACAUAAAUCCUAUAGUGAAUGCUGACAUGUAUGCGUCACUAAUGGCACCCUGUUCCUUACUACUGUUGACCAGAGCCCUAUUGCUCUGAUGUAUACAGGGACUAAGGCACUGUUUGGGAGGCAACAAUGGUUGUUAUUUGCUACAGUACAGACAGCACUAUAUUUUGUGACAAUCUCCAUUGGUGUUCCAGCUAUUUAAAUUGGUCCUCUUUCCUAUUGGAGAGAAUUUACCUUACAAGAAUGAUUCCUUACCACAUUUUUUCUUCUUCUCAAAUGAACUGUUCCAUUGCCUUCUUAGUGUGUAGCCUCAAAAGCCCUAUUUAUACCUGCCGCUUACAUGCGUUCUUCGUCCUGAUCUUCUCCAGUCUUGCCAGUUUACACUUACAAGAUCUGAUCAAAAUCAGUAAACAACGAGUCUUUUAAUAAUCUACACAUGUCUAAAAAUGUGGGAACAAUCAAAAUGAGUCAAGAUUAGGACAAAGGGCGCAUGUUAAAACCAGGUAUGAAGUGGCUAAAGAGCAGUGUGGUCCUCGUCCGGCCAGUAUGUGUCCCAAAUGCCACUAUAGGCUCUGGUCAAAAGUAGUGCACUAUAUAGGGAUUAGGGUGCCAUUUGUGAUGCACAACUAGAGUUAUCUCAGAGCUGAGGGGUUUGCAUUUUUCUUAACCACAAGUUUCUGCGACUGUGAAUGGUGAAUGUUAUAUAGAAUAGGGACCACAACACACAAACUAGCAUGGAGAAAUGUCCUUUUUAAGAUGAAAGAAAGCCAAAGAGCAUUUAAUGAUUCCUUUGAACUAAUAGCUGCACACAUACACACGUUUGGGUCACUUAGAAAUGUCCUUGUUUUUGAAAGAAAAGCUAUUUUUUGUACAUUAAAAUUACAUUAAAUUGAUCAGAAUUACAGUGUAGACGUUGGUAAUGUUGUAAAUGACUAUUGUAGCUGGAAACGGCUGAUUUUAAAUGUAAUAUCUACAUAGGCGUACAGAGGCCCAUUAUCAGCAACCAUCACUCCUGUGUUCCAAUGCACGUUUAUGUUAGCUAAUCCAAGUCUAUCAUUUUAAAAGGCUAAUUGAUCAUUAGAAAACCAUUUGCAAUCAUGUUAGCACAGCUGAAAACGGGUGUGCUGUUUAAAAAAGCAAUAAAACGGGCCUUCUUUAGACUAGUUGAGUAUCUGGAGCAUCAGCAUUUGUGGGUUCGAUUACAGGCUCAAAAUGUCCAGGAACAACAUACUUUAUUCUGAAAUUCAUCAGUCUAUUCUUGUUCUGAGAAAUGAAGGCUAUUCUAUGCGAGAAAUUGCCAAGAAACUGAAGAUCUCGUAUAACGCUGUGUAUUACUCCCUUCACAGAACAGCACAAACUGUCUCAAACCAGCAUAGAAAGAGGAGUGGGAGGCCCCGGUGCACAACUGAGCAAGAGAACAAGUACGUUGGAGUGUCUAGUUUGAGAAACAGACACCUCACAAGUCCUCAAAUGGCAGCGUCAUUAAAUAGUACCCACAAAACACCAGUCUCAACGUCAACAUUGAAGAGCCGACUCCGGGAUGCUGGCCUUCUAAGCAGAGUUGCUCUGUCUUAAUCUUUUCUUUUUAUUGGCUAGUCUGAGAUAUGGCUUUUUCUUUGCAUCUCUGCCUAGAAAGCCAGCAUCCCGGAGUCACCGGGGUACUAUUUAAUGAAACUGCCAAUUGAGGACUUGUGAGGUGUCUGUUUCUCAAACUAAUUUAAUGGACAAAAGAAAAUAGCGUUUCUUUCAAAAACAAGGACAUUUCUAAGUGACCCCAAACCUUCAACGGUAGUGUAUGUAUGUAUGUAUGUAUGUAUGUAUGUAUGUAUGUAUGUAUGUAUGUAUGUAUGUAUGUAUGUAUGUAUAUAAUUUAAAGCUAUUGCAUACAACUGCAUUGAUUGUCAAGAUGUUUUUUAUGUGAAGUAGUUGCUGCCUUCAUCCAUUUACUAAGAUAAAUUUGUAUUUGUUUCAGUCAAAUCCUAUGUCUGACCAUUAAUAAGGAGGGUAUGACCUAUUUUAAUGUACAACAUUGAACUCACAGUGAGAGGGACUGCUGUCCCAGACAGCCUGGUAUGAGAUUCUCAGAUCUACACCAAUUCAAUCAUUCAAUGACUCUCUUGCUUCAAAGGUUACAUUAAAGUCGUCCAUCACACUAACCAUGCGGACUCAAUAAACAGGAGUUGGUGUAGAUUCUAUUAAGCCAUUAAGAUCAGAAGACUUUCCUCUGAGAAGCAAAUGUUUGGGAAAGCAGCUCUCUUAUUGUGAGGCAUGACACGGACGUCCUCUUCAAAUCAUGAGCUGGGUCGUGUUCAAUAGGUACAAAAUGGAAGAAAAUGGAUUGAAAUGUGGAAAUACUAUCUUAGACUUGUCCAAUAAGAAGGGCUUGUUUUUGCUUUCCGUUCAAAAAUGUUUUGCUACGGUGUGACUUAAUGAACACAACCCAGUUUAACCCUCUUCCCUCGGAAUGGUCAAGUUUGGGGAUGCACAGAGUAAGAACAAGGCCUUAACUAUAUGGCUUAAUGUGUCUAACAUUAAUGAUCUUAUGCAGAAGAUGUUAUUUGACUUCUGAUGAAUGACCCCAGAUAAAUACCAAAUGAUUGUGAACUGGUUCCACUAUCUAACAUGUCGCCUAUUUGUCUUAUAAAAUAGUUUGUAUCAAUCUUUUAUUUUCUUCCCAUUUGUGAUUAAAAAAACAACACUAAACUGUCAUAAAAACACACAUGAAAAAGAACAAACAUUCCACUGUCAAGCGGCUUUAUUGGUUUGUUGUUCCGGAUCCCUUAUUUUAAGAGGUUGACAUUGUACACGUGUCACAAUAUUUCAGCAAGUUGCGCAGUAUAAGGCCAGGAUGCAAUCCGAUUGUGCUUGGUCAGCUAUGCGCCAUUUAAAGGCCGAUUGAACCAACAUAUGCAGCAUUAACCGUGAAUUGCCUUUAAAAGGUGCAUUGCUGACAAAGUGUGAUCAGAUUGAAUCCUGGCCCCAGAGAGCAGCAAUAGUAGGCUGUAUGGUGUAUCAAGAA